GCAGCACCAUGCGAUCUUGCCAGCAGGGCAUGGCACCGUCUCAGUUGAUCUCGCCUGGAAUCCCGCUCAUGAACUCUGACCUCUCCUCAUGCUUCCCUCGGGACUCUUCCUGGGGCGUUUGCUCCUCCGGUAACCUCCAGGGACCACCUUCCACCAGCUCUGCGGAGAAAGGCGUUCCCGGGGAGCGGAGCCCCAGCGAUAUCACCAGUAUCAUCGCCCAUCUACGAAACCUUGCUACCGAAACCUCCAAUCACUGCGCCAGGGCUGAUCUGGAGAAGACCGGGUCUGGCAAGGAGACGGACGAGACCGCAGGCAGUGCGCCGGGAACGCCGGUCAGUAUAAAGGAGAGCGCCGGUCACCCGCUGGACCUUCCAGGUGGUUUUACCGGUGACCAAUACCCCUUUGCCAAUGCAGAAUCUCACUUUAAGAGGAAGUCCAACCCCAAGAUCUACAUCUGCUCCGAGUGCGGGAAGACGUGCCCCUGCCAGUCGGCGUAUACUCGUCACCAGAGGAUCCACACCGGGGAUAAACCGUACUCGUGCGCAGACUGCGGGAAGAGCUUUAUUCAGAUCUCGGACUACAACAACCACGUGCGGUCCCACACCGGCGAGAAGCCGUACACCUGCGCGGACUGCGGAAAAAGCUUCAGCCGCAGCACCUACCUGGUGACGCACUCCAGGACGCACACCAAAGAGAAGCCCUACACCUGUAACGUGUGCGGGAAAAGCUUCGUCCAGCACUCCCACCUCUCGCUUCACCUGAGGAUCCACAGCGGUGAGAAGCCGUACAUCUGCAUCGAGUGCGGCAACAGCUUCAGCCGCAGCUCCACCUUGGUGAAGCACAAGAAGUCCCACCGCAGGAAGACUCUGCACAUCUGUCAGAAGAAGAACGGGGGGGAGGAGGUGGCCUGCAACUUCACCCAGAACACCCCGCCCACGUGGGGGAGCAGCUCUAAACGGGAGGAGCCAGCGCACACGCCCCUGAGUCCCCCCCCGGAGGUCACCCUUGUCAAAGCCGAAGCCGAUGAGGGCGUGGAGUGCUACCCACAGAUGGUGGACUGCGGCACCCAGUACAGGGAAGAGGAGGCCAUAAAACCCUUACGGAUCACCCUGGAGAAAUAUCUGGCCCAUGGUGACCCCGCCGGAUCCCUCCCACAUCCGGGGAAGGUUUUGUGGAAGAAGAAGGCGGCGCAGGAGGAAGGUGACAACGCCACGUGUAAUGGUGACACCGAGACUUCUGUAAAGGAGGCGGAGAGCCAGAAAACGGGCGUGAACGUCUGUCACCUCCCACAGGAGAGUGGAACCAAUCAGGACCACCAAAACUGUAUCCCCCACCCCCCGAGCUCGGCGCCGGUCACCAGUAUUCCCAGUAAAGGUCCAGUAGAUGCUCCAGAGCCCGAGGAAGCCACGUCUUCAGCCGUCACCAAAUGUGAAGUGACCGACCCCCCGGACGACUCGUACCUGGAUACGGACUUCUGCAGCGUCUUCAGCUCCUUGGAGAAGACCUCCUCCUCCAGCGACGGCGCCCUCCAGGGGACACCUAGGAGGUCGCUCUUCAUCUGCAGCUACUGCGGGAAGAGUUGUCCCUGUAAAUCCGCAUUUCUUCGCCACCAGAGGAUCCACACCGGAGAAAAGCCCUUCUCCUGCUUCCAGUGCGGCAAAAGCUUCAUUCAGGCCUCAGACUAUAACAACCACAUGAGGUCCCACACCGGGGAGAAGCCCUACACCUGCGCCCAGUGCGGGAAAAGCUUCAGUCGCAGCACCUACCUGGUGACGCACUCCAGAACGCACACCAAAGAGAAGCCCUACAACUGCCAGGAGUGCGGCAAAAGCUUCAUCCAGCACUCCCACCUCUCCAUACACCGCCGCAUCCACAGCGGGGAGAGGCCCUACUCCUGUCUGGAGUGCGGAAAACAGUUCAACCGCAGCUCCACCCUCGUCAAGCACCAGAAAUCCCACAUCAAAAAGACCAACGCCAUGGAGAAGGCCAAGAUGGCUUCCGCGUCGCCGCCGUCCUCACAGAAGAUGGUGUGAUUAUAGGAGACUGCGGCUAUGCCCAGAACGCACAUUGGUGUUUCUAGUCAUUGCAAUGACGUGACGUUGUUCUUGUGGGACCCCCUACAUGUAAAACGGUCCAAUCAGAUGUUUGUCUCCGAGGCGUCGCUGCACCGGACAGACAGCGGGGGGUCACACUCCCUACUCCGGAGGUUGUCUUCCAUGGUUAUCAAUGUGAAUCUAUAUAUUGUGUGCCGUUACCUGGACUCUGAUAGGACGCUGGUGGGACCCCCAGAGAUGAUACGCUCUGCUAUUGGCUGUCAGGAACUUCGUGUUUAUGUAAAUGAAUUGUAUAUAAGAAUGAGAGGAAUUAUAAUAAUGUAUAGAAUGAGGAGUAAAGACUGUGUGGGUGAAACGCU